AAAAAUCUACCUUAACUGGGAAAUGUACUAGCCACCGGUAAUAACAGAUAUUAGCUUUAAAAUGGCUUCCAAGCCUACGUGUAGAACGUGCGGUGGAUGCAAGUAUAAAGGAAAAGCCAAGCCUCUAUUUCAAAGUGAAAGAUGCAAUGAAAUUGUAGACCACAUAGAAACAAUAACUGGUCUCAGGCUGAAUAAUUUGCCUGAUUUGCCAGGCCAUAUAUGUAUGACCUGCGAAUUUGAUUUAGAUCAAGCAAUUUCCUUUAGGAAACGAUGCAUAAGCACACAUGAAAGAUUGUCCACUAUAGCUGAGGACCCCAUAAAUACAAAUAUUGGAGCUGACACUGAAGGACGAAACAAUACCAAUAAACACGAAGAAAGUUUCAAAAUUUUAUUUAUUCCAGAAAAGGUAGAUGUUGAUUAUCGUUCAUAUUUUGAAGAGGAGGACGAAAGCAAUGCCACCUCUGAUUCAAAGGUUGAUGAAAGCCUUGAGAAGGAAUUAAAUGAAGAGGAUGCUCUUCAAGAGACAUGCAUCACGCACCAGGAAUUCCCGAUAGAUAAUGCCACAUCCAACAGUGAUAUCUUUGCUGUAAAUGAUACCGAAUUAAAAAAAAAUGGGAACGAUUGGGAAAAUAUUUCAACUUCACAGAAGCUGGAGGAGCACUUUAUUCUGGACGAACAUUUUUUACAAAAUAAAAACAAAAAGCAAGUUCAUCAUGUUUGUAAAUUUUGUGGAAAGGAUUUUCAUCACACCUUUAACUUUAAAACACAUCUUCUUAAACAUAUGCGUAAAUAUCCUUAUAAAUGUAUGUACUGUGAAAAAAGGUUUUACUCCUCAUCGAACCGUGCGGUACACCAUAGAGUCCAUACAGGAGAGCGACCGUAUAAGUGUGAAGUUUGCUACGUCGCAUUCAAAUUUAAUCAUCAUUUAAAGAGACAUAAGGAGUCUUUAGAACAUAAAAAUAGAAUAGAUACUUCUGCAAGUAAUGCAUCAUCAUUAAAUGUCGUGAAAAUUGAGUCUAUAACCAACCCAGAAGGUGACUGUGAAAGCCCUCAUGGAGCAAAGAAUCUAUCUGUUGAUUCGGACAAAGAUGAAAAGAACGAUAACGCUUCUCUCGAUUCGAUUGAGGACACCUUUGACAGUGUUAUAGUAACAGAUUGCAAGGUAGUCCCAAAAAAUCAACUAUCCAGCAUUGAGGACGAUGGAAACCGUGCCACCGCCACGGUCGAUCCCAUUGACGACAUCUGUGAAAAUUCUACAAUAACGAAUCCCAUAUCAAACCAGAUCAAUCACUUAUCCAGCUCUGAGGACGAUGAAAACAAUUCGAUUACUGACACCUGUAAAAGGGCUAUAACAAACCGCAAACCAGUUAGUAAUACUUGCAAUAAAUGUGACAAACAUUUUUCUAGCUCCAAAAGUCUAAAAAUUCACCUCAUACGGCAUUCCUGCGAAAAGCGGUUCGCCUGUGAAUAUUGCGAGAAUAGGUUUUACAAAAGCCAUUUGCUCCAGUUGCACAUCCGUACGACUCAUGAGGGCGCUGAAUCUACUUCAUCAAGGGCUCUUUAUGAGAGAUCACAUAGUGGAGAAUGUUCUUACAAGUGUCAAUAUUGCGAAAAGAAAUUUAUCAAUAUAUCACAGCAAAAGAGACACGAAAUUGUGCAUACCGUGGAGCGGCCCUACAAGUGCGACUGGUGCGACGUCUCAUUUAAAUAUAACCAUCAUCUAAAAAGACACCAACAAUCAUGCAAAAACAAAAGGGCUUUUACUAAAGAUAAUCAUAAUUUAGAUAAAAGAAAAGAAGAAGUAUUGAACAACAUCGAAGAAAACUGCGUAACGUCACAAAUGCCAGAAAAACUGUAUGAUGAACUGUUGUACAAAUGUUUCCACUGUGAAAGAAGAUUUAACACAUCAUCGAACCGGAAUAAGCACCAUAGAGUGCAUUCAGGGGAACGGCCAUUCAAGUGCGAUUUGUGUGACGUCUCAUUUAAAUUGAAUCACCACUUGCGGGCACAUAAACAAUCGUUGGAGCAUCAGAAGAAAAUCAGCAUGAGUGCAGAUAACAUUGAAGAUGAAGAAUCAUCUCGCAAAUAUAACGACCAUUUCUGCGAUCAAUGUGGAAAACAUUUUAAGGGCCGCUCAAACUAUAGACAGCACGUUCUUCGACAUUUGCGAACACCGCCAUACAAAUGUCAGUAUUGUGAGAAGAGGUUCCAUUCAUGUUCCAACCGUGCGGCGCACCAUAGAGUGCAUACAGGAGAGCGACCAUACAAGUGCGAAUUGUGUGACGUAGCGUUCAAAUCAAGCCAUCAUUUAAAAAGCCAUCAGCAAUCGAUGGAGCAUAAUAAUAAAAAAAGGGACAUAUCGACAUAUGAGACUAGAUUGAGUAAUGAUAGUCAAAGUUAUACGGAAAACCAUCAAGAAAGAAGUACAAGUCCUCACAUAUUGAAUGCUGAAUGUAAAUCACCGGUUUCUAUGGACAAUGAAGAUCAACCCGUUGAUAUACAUGAAGGCUCCAUUGAUGCGCCGAAGGAAACAACAUUGAAAAAUAAUGCAUUAGAAAUCCAUGAAGAAAGAAGUAUAAGUCCACAUACAACUGAACAGGAUGACACUGAUUACAAACCAUCCAGUUCAGAGGAUGAUGAAGAUGGGAAUACUCCGGUUCUUCAGGCAUCGAUCAGCAACAUCAGCGAAAGUAAUAAGAAGAAAACUCCAAAACCAACCAGAAAAAAGAAGAGAAGGAUUGUUGAUAGUAUUUGUGAGCAGUGUGGAAAACACUUCACCGAUCCAAAUACCUUCAAGAUUCAUCAGCUCCGACAUGCCGGUGACAAACGAUUCCCAUGCAAUUUAUGUGAGCGUAGAUUUUACAAAAAUCACAUGCUCCAAUUGCACAUACGAACGGCUCAUGAAGGAGAGAGGCCGUUUGUCUGCAGAAUUGAAAACUGCAAUAGACAAUUUACCAGUUAUACUACGAGAUCAAAUCAUGAAAAAACUCAUAUUCAGAGACCAUCUUACAAAUGUCUGCUGUGUGAUAAAACAUUUAUAAAGAAGUCAUCCCUCAAUGAUCACCAAAGAGUACAUACAGGAGAACGUCCAUUCAAAUGCGAUAUGUGUGUAAAGACUUUUAGACAUCGCGGCUCAUAUAAAGAGCAUAAACUUACGCACGUCCCAGGAUUUGUGCCAAAAAAACGAAAUUUUAGUCGUGUUUGUGAUCAUUGUGGGCAAACAUUUACUAAUCAAGAUAAUUAUAAAAUGCAUGUACUUCGACUAAGCGGGGAGAAGCCAUUUCCAUGCAAGUUAUGUGAUCGAAAAUUUUAUGCAAAUCGCUAUCUCCAAAUGCACAUACGUACGACACACGAGGGGGAGAGUCCUUUUCCGUGCCGCUACGAAAACUGUGGUAAAAAGUUUAAUGACACCUCUACGAGACGUUGUCAUGAGAGAAUACAUUCACAACAAUAUCCUUACCGCUGUAUAUACUGUAACAAGGGAUUUAACAGAGCUACGCAUUGUGCUAAGCACCAAAGUACGCACCGCGAAGAGGCAUAAGAUUACUUUAAAAAAAAAUGAAUAGCACUAAGUGAAUCAAACGAAACAUUAAAUAAAUGGCAAGGUAGACCCUGCCGAGCUCUAUAAGUUUA